AAGUAUCUCUUACAUCUAUUUUUUAAGUAAUUUAUUUCUUAUUAGUGUUUACAAUUUCAAAAAGUAAAUCAAUUAUAGAAAAUUGAUAUUGUUGUUAAUCCCAAUUCAUGAUUCAGAUAACAUGGACGAAUUAAGUCGCUUGUAUGUAGUUAUCAGUGUAAUUUAGUGUGUCGUCGACUAAACGCAAUGUCUUUGCCACGAACUUCAAUUUCACCCCUUUUAAAAGCGUUCAACAGGACGUAUUCGUCGAAUGUUGCACCAACAACCAAGCUCUUUAUAGACGGUAAAUUCCAAGAAUCUCAAACUACAGAAUGGAUAGAUUUGCACGAUCCCGCCACCAACGAAUUGGUGACCAAAGUUCCCAAAACUACUCAAGCAGAAAUGCAAGCGGCCGUAGAGUCCAGUAGGAAAGCGUACGAAAGUUGGAAAGAUACAACCGUCUUAACAAGACAACAGCUAAUGCUGAAAUUUCAAGCCGUUAUAAGAAGGGAUAUCAAGAAACUAGCCGAGAAUAUUACUAAAGAGCAAGGAAAGACAUUGGUUGAUGCAGAAGGGGAUGUAUUUAGGGGUUUGCAGGUGGUUGAGCACAGUUGCGCAGCGGGUACUCUCCUCCAAGGAGAAUCAUUAAAUAACAUUGCAAAAGAUGUAGACUGCGUUUCUUAUAAAUUGCCAUUGGGGGUAGUUGCAGGGAUAUGUCCGUUUAAUUUUCCUGCAAUGAUACCACUUUGGAUGGCUCCGUUAGCGCUUAUAGCUGGAAACACGUGCAUCAUUAAACCUUCCGAACGAGAUCCAGGUGCGACAAUGUUACUAAUGGAACUACUAAAUGAAGUUGGGUGUCCUCCAGGAGUCGUUAAUAUUAUUCAUGGUUCUCAUGAUGCUGUCAAUUUCAUUUGCGAUAGUCCGGACAUUAAAGCGAUCAGUUUUGUUGGGUCAACCAAUGCCGGUAAAUACAUUUAUUCUCGAGCUUCGGCCACUGGGAAACGUGUUCAAUCCAAUAUGGGUGCCAAAAAUCAUGCCAUAGUUCUUCCGGAUGCAAACAAGGAUAUGGCAAUUGAUCAUUUACUUGGUGCUGCAUUUGGAGCAGCUGGUCAAAGAUGUAUGGCCAUCAGCGUGGCAAUUUUGGUAGGAGAUGCUAAAAGUUGGAUCCCGGAAAUCGUAGAACGAUCAAAAAGAUUAAAGGUCAGUGCCGGAUAUGAACCAGGUGCUGAUAUUGGACCUGUCAUCUCACCACAAGCCAAAAGCAAAAUUGUAGAUCUGAUUACUUCGGGGAUAAAACAGGGAGCAAAGUGUGUUCUCGACGGUCGUAAUAUAAAAGUUGAAAAAUAUCCAAAAGGAAACUUUGUUGGUCCAACGAUUUUGACCGAAGUUCAGACUGACUUUGAAUGUUAUCAAGAAGAAAUAUUUGGACCCGUGUUAAGUGUUAUGUUUGCCGACACUCUAGAUGAUGCAAUUGAAAUAAUAAACAAGAACCCAUAUGGUAAUGGGGCGGCAAUUUUCACAACAAACGGUAGUCAUGCCAGACAGUUUGUAAACGAAGUUGAUGCUGGACAAGUCGGAGUGAAUGUACCAAUUCCUGUGCCACUCCCAAUGUUCAGCUUUACAGGUUCAAGAGGUAGCUUCUAUGGCGAUCUCCACUUUUAUGGUAAACAAGGUUUGAAUUUCUACACUCAAACCAAAACCAUCACUUCGCUUUGGAGAAAAGGUCAGGCUGUCAGUCGGCCUUCAGUUUCGAUGCCUGUACAUCAUUAAAAAAAUAUUUGUACACAAUAUGUGAAGCCGUGGGAUAUAUCAGGAUAUUUUAAACGUGGUAAUCAAUGUUUUGGUCUUCCAUCAGUAUUUUGUGAUAAUAAUAAAAAAAUAAAGGUCUUUUAUCUUUUGA